CAUAUGAAAUGAAGCAUCCAACAUUCAAGUUCAACAUAUACGAAGUAUCAAUGCCAUAGGAAGGUGGCGUUUCUGCUAUUUUCGUAAAUUGCGAAUCAGCUGAUAACGUAUGACACGAAUAUCCAAAGGACGAUCACGAAUAUACAUAUGACUCUAAGUGAUUCUGACCAUUCCAACUUCUUCUGUGUCAUGAGCGGUACAACUGACAGGACGCGUGUCCUUCAACAAACAGUUUUUUAAUUAUUUCGUUUUCCUUAUAUGUUGAGUGAUUAAUUAUACAAAAAGAUACGUGCAAUCGAUAUAACACGAUUAAUACAGACGUGAUAUUCAACAAAUUUAAUAAAAAUGACCAGCCAAAAAACGGUACCAAACGGUGUAAAGUUUCUUAUUGGUGGAACAUCUGGUAUGGCAGCAACAUGUUUUGUACAACCAUUGGAUUUAAUAAAAAAUCGCAUGCAAUUAAGUGGCACAAAAACAUCGACGUUAAGUGUUACAUCAUCAAUUCUGAAAAAUGAAGGCGUUUUAGCAUUAUAUUCAGGCUUAUCUGCCGGUUUAAUGCGACAGGCUACAUAUACCACUACUAGACUUGGUAUAUAUACUUGGCUUAUGGAAGUUUCUUCAAAAGAAACACAACCAAAUUUCAUUGUAAAAGCAGUACUUGGUAUGGCGGCUGGAUGUGUCGGAGCAUUUGUAGGUACACCCGCUGAAGUAGCUUUAAUUAGGAUGACAGCAGAUGGAAGAUUACCUAUUGCUGAUAGACGCAAUUACAAAAAUGUGUUCGAUGCAUUAUUCCGUAUAAUUAGAGAAGAAGGUCUCUUUACAUUAUGGCGUGGCGCCAUUCCUACUAUGGGAAGAGCUAUGGUUGUAAAUGCAGCACAGUUGGCAUCAUACUCUCAAGCAAAACAAGCAUUGCUAGAUACAGGAUAUUUUGAGGAAAAUAUAGUAUUACAUUUUGCAAGCUCCAUGAUUUCUGGUUUAGUCACCACUGCCGCCUCUAUGCCUGUAGAUAUAGCUAAAACAAGAAUUCAAAACAUGAAAACAAUAAAUGGCAAACCAGAAUUUACAGGCGCAAUUGAUGUCCUGACUAAAGUUAUAAGAAACGAAGGAUUGUUUGCAUUGUGGAAAGGAUUCUUUCCAUAUUACGCACGUCUAGGGCCUCAUACAGUCUUAACAUUCAUUUUCCUUGAACAAAUGACUGCUGCUUAUAAAACAUACUUGGCAUAAUAAUUGCAAUUGUAUGCGCUUGCAAAAAGUUAUCAAUGAUUUA